AUGGCAGCGCUAGGCUCGAUGCAUCUCCGGCGCACGAGGGUUUCGCACAGGCACAGGCAAUCCGUGCAUGUGAAGACGAUUGGCCCGGCUGCGGACGAACCUGCUUGGAUGCCAUGUGCGAGCAGAUGUUCUUCUGCAGGCGGUGUCGCACUGACUGCCGCCCAGGUCGCUAACGACGACGCAACGCCCAGUUUCUUACGUUCUUGUGGUCUCUUACCAAAGACGGAGUCAAAGAGCCUCUUGUUCGCGGAGGGCCAGUCAGAACUGAGCAACAUGUAUGGGGAACUGCUCCAUACCCGAUUGCCACCGCCAACCGCAAAACACGUGUUUAAUGCCAGUGCCUCGAGCUCCGUUGAGGAUCAAAUACGGGACGUGGAUCGGGAGGACGGGGGUCUGGCUAUAAUCGCCGAUGGAGGUAGCAACCGCAAGUUACAUCUGCGACACGUUUCGCCCUGGACGGCACUUGCGCUUGGAGCAAGGCAAAAAGGGCCAGCUCCACUCCAAAAAAAGAAAAAAUUGCCAUCCUCCGUGCUAAAUCGUGCUAGCAGCCGAGCCAAGCCAAGCCAAGCCAGAAUCAUUGAGACGAAGCCUGAGUGGAAUUGA